AUGGGUAACUGCUCAUGCAAGGAAACACAUAUUGGUCAUUAUUGCAAUCAUUGUGUUCCCGAAAAGUUUGGACUUGAUUGUGAAUUUGACUGCCCGGAAGGAUGCACGACAUGUGAUUUAAAUGGAAAUUGUACUUUAUGCUAUCCUGGAUAUCAUGGAUCGAAAAUGUGUAAAUGUUCAAAUAGGUGUCUUGAUAACAAAUGUGAUAAAUGGACAGGUCGAUGUGAACGAUGUAAGCCGUUCUUCAAAUGGCCAUGUGAGAACUGCGUAGACGGAAAAUACGGUAAAAACUGUGAAAGGGAUUGUCCUGACAACUGCUUUUCAUGUUUAUCAGAAACAAACUGCACGAAAUGCAAAAAUGGGUUUUACGGCAUUAAUUGCAACUUUACAUGUUCAAAUGAAAAUUGUAUCAACUCUUGCAGCCCUGGGUAUUAUGGUCAAAACUGCAAAAGGCGAUGUUAUAAUACCUGCAAUCUUUGUACAUCAUUUACAGAAUGUCACUCAUGUAAAGAUGGAUUUUGGGGUUAUCAGUGUGAAAACAAAUGUCCAGAAAAUUGUUCGAAUAAUCGGUGUCAGAUUAACCAAUCGUGUGUUUCGUAUUUACCAGGGUUUUAUGGACAGUUCUGCAACCUUACAUGCCCGCAAAAUUGUAUGGAUUCAUGCACUAUUUCUGGUGCUUGCAAUAAUUGUAAACACGGUUAUCAUGGGAAUCGCUGUAAUGAAACAUGUUCCGAACGUUGUUUGCAAGAUUAUUGUUUAAUGAAUGGAAAUUGUGAACAAUGCACAAGUGGAUUUUAUGGUACACAAUGUGAACGAACAUGUCCCUCGCAGUGUCUGGAAUGCACAGACGAAUCAUUGUGUAAUUCCUGCAUAAAUGGUUACUUUGGUCGAAAUUGUAGCCAACAAUGUGGUUACUGUAAGGAUAAUACUUCUUGUAAUAUCAAUACAGGUCAUUGUGAACAAUGUGCAGAUGACAUGUAUGGAAGCAAAUUUUAG